UUAUUUAUUAAUUUAUUUUCCGAAUUUGCUAUUUUAAAACAUAAAAUACCGUGUAAUUAAACAGUGAAGUGGAACUUAGAGUAAGCAUAUUUUACUUAAUAUAAGGAAUUAUCAAACUUUACUUUGAAACAUACCACAUAAACAUAACCAAAUACUGAAACAUUAAACAUUCAGAUUAAGAUGAAUAAAAAACCAAUAUCCUUCGGUAAAAUUAGUUUAAAGGUAAACAAACCUGAAAAAGAAGAUGCCUCGACAUCGGGUUUCGGUACGUUUGGUAGAAUACCAAUUCAAGAACAGAAGGAAAUCGAAGAAAUUGCCGACGAUCUGGAAAACCAACACGUACACCAAAUAAUGGGUAUUAAAAACUUUGGUAAGAAAGCGAAAAACUUUAACGUCGAAGAAAUGAUGGAACAAGCCAAGAAAACUGCUCAGGAAGUUACAAAAAAGGCUGAAAACGACAAAGAAGUGGGAAACAAAUCUGAGAGUGAAGAGGACAGUUAUAUCGGUCCUCCCGUUCCUACGGUGUUGCAAGAGGAAAGUGAAGAACUCAUAGGUCCACCUGUACCUAAAGAGAUUUUAGAAGGAGAAAAAGUAAAGAAUACAUCAAAAGGAAAUGAAUCAAAUAGUGAUGAAGACAGUUAUGAUGAAUUGAGUGGAUCUGAUGAUGAUGAUGAUGUUAUCUUGGAGAAGAAGAUACCUAAUUCACAUGAGGUGGAAAUGCUUCAUGGCAAUAAAGCGGUGAUAGCUCUAGCUGUAGAUCCUUCCGGAGCUCGCUUGGCAACAGGGUCUGUAGAUUAUGAUGUGGCUUUCUGGGAUUUUGCUGGUAUGGAUUCCUCAAUGCGUUCCUUCAGAACUCUACAACCUUGUGAGAAUCAUCCUAUCAAAGCCCUACAGUACUCGGCAACAGGGGAUUCCAUUCUAGUGGUCAGCGGUGCAGCGCAAGCUAAGGUCUUAGACAGAGAUGGCUUUGAAGUACUGGAAUGUGUGAAGGGUGAUCAGUACAUCACGGAUAUGGCAAAGUAAGGCUUUUGUAUAUUUUUCAGUGAAUUAUCAACUUAUUUAACCAAAUAGCACGAGAUUGGUGAAAGAUUUUAUUGGUUUUAUACUGGGUUGAAGUUGACAUUUCAUUUUUGUUCACAAGAUGGUACACUCCGUCUCUGGUUGACAGAGAAUCCGAAACAACACAAAUCCGUUAUAAAACCACGCCAACAAGGAGGUUUAAGAACCAAUCCUACCGCUUGCACAUUCUCUAGAGACGGCAACACUGUUGCUUGUGGAUGUUUCGAUGGUUCAAUACAAAUGUGGGAUCAUAGAAGAAACUUCGUGAAUACAACAGCAUUACUAAGAGACGCACAUCAGAAACAAACAGAAAUAUCAAGCAUUUGUUACUCAUAUCUUGGUACACAAUUAGCAAGCAGAGGGAAUGAUGAUACAUUAAAAUUAUGGGAUUUAAGAAACUUUAAAAAACCAAUAAAUGUUUUCUCUGAUAUUUUCUCAAGAUAUGAACAGACGGACUGUGGUUUUAGUCCGGAUGAUAGUUUGAUAUUCACCGGAGAAUCUUUACAAAGGAAACAAGAUGUUGGUAGAUUAUUAUUCUAUGAUACAAAGAUGUUUAAAGAAGUAACGAGUAUAGAAGUUUGUACAUCGCAUGUAAUUAAAGCGGUAUGGCAUGCUAAAUUAAACCAGAUAUUUGUAGGAUGUGGGAAUGGAGUUAUAAAAUGUUUCUACGAUCAAAAGAAAAGUUUGCGAGGUGCAAAACUAUGUAUAGUUAAAACGCAUAGGAAGAAAUCAUCCGUAGGUAUUGUAAGUACGCAGCAAAUUAUAACACCCCAUGCGUUACCGUUAUUCAGACAAGAAAAAUUAAGAACCAGCAAGAAGAGAAUGGAAAAAGAACGAUUGGAUCCAGUAAAGUCUAGACGACCAGACUUACCGAUCACAUCAGGUCAAGGUGGGAGAGUAGCGGCAUCUGGAAGUACGCUUAGUUCUUUCGUGAUCAGGAAUCUAGGGUUAAGUAAGAGGGUAGAUGAUGAACAGGAUCCAAGGGAAGCUAUCCUGAAAUAUGCCAAAGAAGCUGAGGAGAAUCCGUUCUGGGUCGCUCCGGCUUACAAGAAGACUCAACCUCAGCCGAUAUUCCAGAAUGAUAAUGAAGAAGGACCUACUGAUGCUAAGAAACAGAAAACUUCGUGAAUUUAUGAAAAUAAAUUUUAAUUAGAGAUCAAAUUUUUAUAUCAUACUUCAUACUAAUAUAAUGAAUGCGAAAGUUUAGAUGGAUGGAUGUUUGUUAGAGUUUGUAGUCGAACCGAAUAUAGCCGAAAAUAGCCGAACGGAUUUCGACGAAAUUUGGUACAGAUGUAGAGGAUAGUCUUGAAUAACACAUAGACUAUACACUUUGUUUUUUUUUUUAAUUCCACGCGGACGGAGUUGCGGGCGAAAGCUAGUAUGACAUAAAGUAUCUCAUAUUUGACAGUGUCAUGUACAUUUGACAAUAGUGUACAUUAGGGUACAAAAAGUUAUGUACCCAUAAACAUUUCUGGUUGUAAUUAUGAAUUUGGUACUUGAAGUAAAUAAAAUUAUUUUCAAAUUAUGUAUCGGAAAUAAAAAAACAUGAAGUAAAUACA